UUACUAUUGAAUCGAAUGGAGUUGCGUUAAAAACCUGUCGUGGUGCUAUUUUAAGACGAACGUGGAAGUCCAUUCAUUACAAGUUCUGGGUCAAACAGGUCUACCCUGUUAUACGAUUUGGUCUAGUUCACACCAAUACCCGUGUGUAUAUACAGGGUGUGUUCGUGUAACAUGGCGGAGUAGCAAACGAGGUACCCGAACGACAACAUUCUCACCUGUUCCCCGUGUUCAUACGGCGAUAACUGGUCCUGUUUUGGAUUAUAUAUAGAUGUAUAUUUAUAUAGUUGUACGCUCUCAGUGUUGAAGUUUCACUGGAAUAUUCACCUGUGAUCUCAGGUAACAUACCUGUAGUAGUUACAAAUACAUACCUGUGCUAACACGCGAAUACAGGUGAGACACGAAAAGUGGAAAAAGUGUUUAACAUAAUGUGUUUUGUGGAAUAUUGAUCUAUUUUUACAAUGGAACUUAGCUGUAUGUGAAGAAAAAAAAAUCAAAAAUAUGGCGACAAGCUCAGGACGACCGGCAAACGGAAUGUCGGACGGAAAACAGAGACAUGUCAGCAACAUAAAGAUUGGGAGCGGGGACCCUCCCCCGAGGAAAAGGUCAUCACAGUCUAUACAAGUACCAACCACCUCCGCCUGGGGUGGGGAUGAACGUCAUUUCGACGUUUCCAUUACCGACGAUAACCCACAAAGUCCAAGUUCUCAGACGAAACAGAAAAAUGGACUCUCAGCUUUAGAAGAAUGUGAACAUGACCCCAAAUUCGGGACUGCGACGCUUUCGUCUGCGCAAGUUUCGGACCAGCUCCUAAAAGUUUUACAAGACUCCACUGUUGUCCAAGAGAACAAUGGCAAGGACAUCGAUGACCAUCGGUCAUCUGGUCGUCAUUCUACAGCAAGUGAUCACUCAACCGAACAGUCAGACGAGCCUUCCAUAACCAGGUCACAUGACUCCGGGGAUUCCGUAGCCCCUAGUAGCUGGACAUCCUUUGCUCAGAGUCUCUUCACAGUAAAGGGAUCUAGUAGUUACUGUUGUGCUGCGCUGCCCCAGCCCCUCCUACCCAAGUACGAAAAGUCAGAUCAUUUGGCCUCGCUAGCUUCCUGGGUAACAAUACUGAGAAUCAUGGGAGAUUUGCCAGAUUUGGACGUCGUAGACAAGAUAGAUGUUGCUGGGCAAUCAACGCCCCCUACUGUCCAAGUCCGACAAUUCUACCACAAGAAAUACACGAAGAAGGAUGUUGAGGAUGCUCACAAGAAAUACACAGAACUGUUUAAAAAUCCCGGAUUCACAGAAGCCAAAGGUCUGCCCUUUCUCAAUGACAAAUCAGUCUCCAUGCUGGAAAAGGUCCAGUACAUAUGUGCGCUUGGCAUCUACCAGCCGGACCUCAGAGAUGAGCUGUACUGCCAGGUUUGUAAACAGCUCACCAACAAUCCGUCCCGUAACAGCACAGUGAGGGGCUGGGUCCUCCUGUACCUCAUGGCCGGGAGCUUCUCCCCUACUGAGAGGUUUUCCCCAUGCUUCCUCCAGUUUCUCCAGGAGAGCAUGCCGGAACAUGCUAACCGUGUAGAGAGGAUACUGCGGCGGACAUUCAUCACAGGGACCAGGGCUUUCCCACCCAGCUGGCUCGAGUUUCAGGCUGCGAAGAAUGGCAAACCCAUCCUGCUUCCUGUAGCAUUGAUGAACGGGAAUCGGAUGUUGGUAGAAGCGGAUUCUGUGACAACGGUUCAAGAACUAAGUCGACAAAUUGGGAACCGGACUGGUCUCCAGCAUCUUGAAGGAUUUUCUGUCUAUAUAACACUUAUGCAAAGGAUAUCUUGUCUUGGACAUGGCUUACAUCGUGUUAUGGAUGCCGUAUCGGAGUGUGAACAGCACACCCGUCAGAUGGGAAUGAAGGAGAGCACGUCCACGUGGAGGCUGUAUUUCCGGAAAGAGUACUUCACGCCCUGGCACGAGCAUAUCCACGAUCCAAUUGGCAUCGACCUCGUCUAUCAGCAAGUCAUGAGAGGCGUGUCGGUGGGCGAAUACGUCUGUGACAAGGAGGAAGUGUUGGUUAUGAUGGCUGCUCAGCGAUAUUUUGUAGAGCAUGGAAGUGAUUUAAAAAGGGACAAUAUUGAGUCUUUCCUAACGAGUUGGCUUCCAGGUGAAAAGAAAGCAGGUGACGAACUUAAUUCCUGGAUUGAAAAAGUGACAAAAGUGCUUGAAACAGACAUUUUGAAAAGUAAAAUCAAUGCAGACACUUUGAAAGCAGAUGUUGUGACGUUCGCCAAAAAUAAAUGGUUUCACAUGUUUUCACGUUUCUACGAUGCCAGCAAAAUCCAAGGCCCAGACACCUCGUGGUCCCAAGUGAUUCUUGGCCUAAAUUUCAAAGGCGUUCAAGUGAUGGAUGAGAAAGAGAAUAUCAAAAUGCAGAUUCCAUUCAUAGAAGUAUCCUCAGUAUCUCGAAGCAGACAUACUACGACCCUUUCCACGGUGAAAUCCGAAGAAUAUGUGAUAUUUUCACUCCACUCCGAAGACCUUUUUCGUAUGCUAUCAAUGUUCCUUGAAGGAUUAAAGCGCAAAUCAAAAUAUGGCCUUGUUGUCCAGGACUGUUCACAAUAUGAUGGUGCAAUAGGACUCGGUGUACAAAAAGGGGACCUCAUCAAACUCGAUCACUCGUAUGACCAACUGAAGAACGCCGAUGUUUUCAAAGGCACAUGCCAACGUACGGGAAAGAGCGAGACAAUGCCACGUGACCUCCUUUAUAUACUCCCAGUUAUAGAACAACCCACAAAGGAUAUGAUGGGAAUGGUGACUGUUCAAUUAAGGAAGGAAUUUAACCCGUUCAUUAUGCUGGUGAACACUGAAAACCGAAAGGAAGAACACAACCUACUCAACUUCUCCAAACACCACUUCCGAUCAUCAAAUGAAAACAGGAUGUCCAAAAUUUUAUCCAAAGCCUCCUUUAAGAAGGACAAAUCAACUCAGUUGUGGCAAUUCAGUAAGGAUCCUCUGAAGAAACCACUGCUCAAGAAGACAUGUAAUCGAGAUGAACUUAGGCAGACAAGCAUCAGAUGCUUCCUCGCGAUCCAGCAGUUCAUGGGGGACGCUUCGAACAAGGACAACAUAUCGGAUUUUGAACUCGCCAAUAACUCUAUUAUUGAACCGUCAAUGAGAAGCAGACAUUUGAGGGAAGAGGUGUACUGCCAACUCAUAAAGCAGCUCACACACAAUCCAGAUAAGGCAAGUGAAGAUCGAGGCUGGCAAUUGCUCGUACAAAUGUCAUCUACAGUGAUCCCCGGAAGUGAUUUAGUGGAGGAGUGCGAGCUCUUCAUGAAAGGAAGUUCUCAUAGAAUGGCCGCUCCAUGUCUUGACAGAUUUCAGACAACGAAACGAAACGGAUUCAGACAAUACCCACCUCACCAAAAGGAGUAUGAACUGCUCAGGUCCACAGAGAGAACAAUCAAAUUCGAUAUCGUCUUGCCUUUUAAUGAAAUACAGUCGGUGGAAGUGGAGAGCACAAGCCGUGUAUUUGAUAUAAAGCAACAGAUCUUGACGGCGUUCGACCUAGUUGACUCAGCGAUGGAAUACGGCUUGUUCUUCGCCCUUCGUGACAGAGGUCCACAAUAUUCAUCUACCAAUACAAAAACGACUUCUGGUCACAAACAUGGUUCGGAAUUCAAUAUCACAGUGUUGAGUGCAAAUGAUGGAGACUACUUUAUGGACGCCCUUUGUCAGGUUGAUAGAUUCUGGACAAAGCUAGCACAUUCAGGAAGGGCUAGUCAAACAGAACAGGGGCCUCCACCAGCACCGCACGUAUUCUUCAUGAAGAAAAUAUGGGUAAAUGCCGAACCUGGACAAAACAAAAUGGCGGACUCCAUGUUCCACUUUCCUCAGGAGCUGCCAAAUUACCUCCGCGGAUUCCACAAGUUCUCAAAUGUUGAUCUUGCCAAGAUGGCAGCUUACAUCUAUCGGGGCCAGUUCGGAGAUGAUAUGGCCGGGAUGAUCAAUUUCCACGAAAACAUCAAUGCCUUGAUACCUCGGUCCCACACAAAGACGAAAUCUGUCGACGAAUGGCGAAAGGCCGUUCAGACAAACUUACAGCUGACAAAGGGACUCUCUGCUGACAACGCCAAAGAAGAAUUUCUUAAAAACAUUUGGAAAUGGCCGACGUACGGGAGUGUCUUCUUUGAAGUCAAGCAACGGAUGAUGAAACAUUUGCCAAAAUAUUUGUUACUCGCCGUCAAUCCCAAUGGAGUGUUACUUCUGGAUCCUGACUCUAAGGAUGUUUUGUCCAGCUACGAAUACGGAAAAAUUCCGAACUGGGCCUACGACGAAUUCUCCUUCACCCUCGUCGUCGGCGAAUCUUCAAAUGCAACAAAAAUCUUCUUUGAGACUAGUGUGGGACACAACAUUGACGACAUUGUGAUGGCAUAUGUGGCAUGGACCAUGAACACUCAUAUAAAGAAACGGCCCAAGUACGCAGGCGUGACUGUCGGUGAAUCAAGCUGCUGAUCUGGCCAAACCUUCUUGAAAAUUGGCGUCACCUGUGCAAAGUUUUCACGUUUUAAAAAUGGUUAAAUAUUCAUUAUUACAGUCAUCAAAACUAUGACAUCAAAUAGAAAAAAUGACUUGGAAGAAUUCCGGCUGAAGUUGAUGAAGUUUUCAAAGACUACUGAACGAGAGAUACUUAACCACAGUUUUGCUCAGAAACAAUUUGACAAAGAAUGCAAAUUAAUAUGUCAAUUAUUGACUUCAAAACUUUCUUCGUUUUUCUUUUUCUUUCUUUCUUUUUUUGUUGCUUAUCGAUAAUUGUGUUGAAAUGAGCUACAAAUAUAAGGUUGAAAUAUACAUUUAAGGUUACUAUGGGGACAAGUCUCGUCGAAUAUAAUUUGAUGCAUACCAAAGUAUAUGGACAUUUAUUCUUAUAUAAGUAAGUUAUUAUACCAGAUAAAAGUACAAGUAGUAUCGUAUUCCAUAACGAGUGCAGUGUGUACUCAGGCUUAAAGGUUUGCAUAAUAGCUUACGUUUUUAUUGUAAAGGUAUUAACUGGUAGCGAAGUAUCUGGAUACUGAUAAAGUUGAUAUAUUUAUCCUAUUGUUAUCUUAUAGACAAUAUGAAACAAGUUUCUGUUUUGUUAAUACUUAUAUACCUUUUUAUGUUUUGCUACAAAUGGUUAAGAGUCACAUCAUACUUAGCCUUUCCAUCUUUAACUGACUCCAGGAAAAACGUGUUGUAGAAUAUCCUAUAUUGGGUAAGGAUGUGAUGAACAUGAAUCGGCUGAUUAAUUUCAUGGAUGUAAUUAGGUGUUUUUAUUGUUGAUUUUGAGGAUAUCUAAAUCUGUGUUCAUUUGCGUAACAAGUUUGCAAUCAAUAAAUGAAAUAUAUUCCAUUGUAAUUUUCAAAAUCAUAUUACCAUAUUUGUUGUUUAUACGUAUUAUAAAAUGAUAAUAUUUGUCUUUCAAAUACAUUCAUAAUUAUAUUCUAUGGUGUAUCUUUUAUUCUGUCCUUGUCCUGGUUUUUUAAAAGCAUUGUUAGAUUAACGUAACAUUAUUCAAAUUAAUAAACAAAUAUCUCAGGUGCGUCAAUAUAUCUUGAGGGUAAAUGUAGAUAAUAGGAAUGUUUAGAACUUCCAUUUUGUAACAAAGGAACUAUUUUUUCAACUUAAAAGUCAAGUUUUUUUGUAGUCAGUGGCAAUACUGACAGGAAAUCGUUUCUCUUAUAUAUAAAUCUUGAUGGUUGAAAUGUUUUCCUUUAAAUUCAUUAUUACGAUCCAUUUCAGCUAUUUCCUCCGCUUCGUUUGGAGUAAAUCGUUUUCCGGCGAACAAAAUGUUUGCACUCUGUACGUAUCCAUACACCUCUCAUCCGACGUUAUGUGUUAAGCAGAAGUUUGAUUGA